GCUGCCCUGAGCUGCCACUCUUCAGCUGAUGUCAUCCUGCAGUGCUAGCAGAAUCAGCUCCAUCCUAAGGACAUUAUACAGACCCUCCCCUGGAGCAGAGCUUUUCCCCUGAAGCAGAGCAUCCCCAGCAGCACAGCAUCCUCCAAAAAGCAGAGCCUCUCCCUCUGGUGGAGAGCAUCUUCAUCAUUACCCCUCUGGAGCAGAGCAUCCCAAGCAACACUGCAUCAUCCAAAAGCAGAGCCUCUCCUUGUGAAGCAGAGCAUCCUAAUCAUUGACCCCCUGCAACAGAGCAUACUCAUCAACCAUCUGGAGCAGAGCAUCCCUUUGGGAAAAAAAACUAAACAUUAAGGACAACACAUUAGCCCAUCUACCCCAGCAGAGCAUCACCUAUAAAUGCAGAGACCCUCCUACAACUAGCAGAGCAACUUCAACAGCAGAGCAUCCCCCACCUGGAGCAGAGCUUCUUCCAUUAAAGGUGGAAACCGAGAUCAGAGUGCAGAGCUAUUUUUUUAAGAGCAGAGCAUCUCCUCUUGAAGCUGGACACCCCAAGCAGAGUGCAGAGCAUUUUUGGAGGGCAGAGCAUCUUCCCUUGAAACAAACAUCCUCCUGAGCAUCCUUCUUAUCAGAGCAUCCUCCCAGAGCAGAGCAUCACUGCAGAGCAUUUCAUGUUGAUAAUAUCUUCCCAGAACAGACCGUCCCAGACUGCAGAGCAUCCGCCAGAGCCAUAGCAGAGCAAAUUCUAUUGCAGAGCAUCUUCCAGGACAGACACCGGAGAGAAACAGGGAUCCCCAUUGGGAGAAACACUGGAUACAGUCACAAAGCGAGAUUGUUCUUGGAUACCUCGAGACGUUCUGGUUUUACAGCAAGACAUCUUAGAAGCUAACAAUGAUCCGGGGAUAUCUUUCUCUGGGGGUGCUGCUGAUCAGUGCAUUACUGCACUCUGUUACCUGCAACAAAGGUAACAAGCACAAGCCAUGGAUGGAAGCCCAGUACCAAGGAAUUAUAAUGGAGAAUGACAACACGGUUCUACUUAACCCUCCAUUGUUUGCUCUGGAUAAAGACUCACCUCUGAGAUAUGCAGGUGAGAUCUGCGGGUUCAGAAUUCAUGGUUCUGGGACUCCAUUUGAGGCAGUGGUCCUUGACCGAACAACAGGGGAAGGGCUGAUCCGUGCCAAAGGUCCCGUUGAUUGUGAGGCUCAGAGGGAACACACGUUUACAAUUCAAGCCCAUGAUUGUGGAGAAGGACCUGAUGGAAGCAACAGCAAGAAAUCUCAUAAGGCCACAGUCCACGUGCGUGUCAACGAUGUCAACGAGUUUGCCCCUGUGUUUGGGGAGCGUGUAUUCCGAGCAUCAGUUACAGAGGGACGAAUGUAUGAGCGGGUACUACGGGUACAGGCAUGGGAUCAGGACUGCUCCCCCCAAUACAGCCAGGUCUGCUUCUACCAGAUACUCACUCCCAAUGUGCCAUUCACCAUUGACAAUGAUGGAUACAUUAAGAACACGCAACCCUUGCAGGCCAAUGGUGAACGCCUGAUCAGAUUCACGGUUACUGCGUAUGACUGUGGGAAGAAACGGGCUGUGGAAGAUGCAGAGGUGGAAAUCCAGGUUAAACCCACAUGCAAACCCAGCUGGAGAGGCUGGAACAAACGCAUUGAAUAUGUGCCUGGGACAGGUAAUCUGGCUCUGUUUCCCAGCAUUCACUUGGAGACAUGUGAGGAACCAGUCUGGAGUAUACAAGCCACUAUUGAAAUCCAAACGAGUCACGUUGCCAAAGGAUGUGACCGUGACAACUAUUCAGAAAAGUCAUUACGCAAGCUAUGCGGGGCAGCACCAGGUGAUGUCGACCUCCUUCCACCUUCUAGUACAGGAUAUAACUGGACACGAGGACUUCCUGUGCAGGAAACACAGGAUAGCAGUCUAGUGUUUUGGUUUAAUGGAUCUCAGUCUGUUGAAAUUCCUCCUGCUCGUCUCCCAGCAGGGGGCAGCGCUGCGGACCACCUCACCCUUUCCUUCUGGCUGAAGCAUGCAGGUGGUGGAGGGAAGUCAGGGAAGGAGGAAGAGGUUCUCCUGUGUAACACUGUGCAGAAUGAGGGCAGCUUCUCACAUUAUACACUGGCUGUACACGGCUGCCGGAUCUCCUUCCUGUACUGGUCACUACUGGACAGUGCUCGACCUGUCAAAUUUCUCUGGAAACUAGAGCAGGUAUGCGAUGGUGAAUGGCAUCAUUAUGCUCUCAGCCUUGCGUUCCCUACUGUCUCUCUCUAUGUGGAUGGAGUGACGUACGACCCUGCACUAAUCCAUGACAAUGGGGCUCUCCCCCCUCCUAAACGCCAGGCCAGGCUAAUGAUAGGGGGGUGCUGGGCAGACGAGAAACUAUCAGGAAAGUCAAAUGGAAAUGAGACAACCAGAGCAGCAGGUGCUGUCACUGGACGCUUUCUGCGCGGUUAUGUGUCUGGUUUCGCUCUGCGGUUGGGGCCUGUGGAUUCGCGGGAGGUGAUCGAAUGUCUGUACUCAUGCAAAGAGGGAUUACAAUACACAGACUUUGACAGCUUGGGGAAAGGUAUGAAGGUUCAUGUGAAUCCUGCUCAGUCCCAGUUGACCCUUGAAGGCGAUGAUCCUACGUCUUUUAGCCGGGCUUUGCAACAUGUAGAAUAUCUCAACUCACUACAGUUUCCAACCCCAGGAGUAAGGCCUCUUAAACUACAAACUAUUGUCAGGUGUCUCAGUGAUGAGGGCUGUCUCUCUGUACCCGAUUUAGAGGGAUAUCUUGUGGUUCUCCAGCCAGAUGCUCCCCAAGUUCUGCUGUCUGGAUCCCCUCGCUCUGCACAUCCCAUUUCUGAUUUUCAGGGCCCCCUUGGGGUCCCCAUAUUCCCAGACCUCAGGAUCACCUGUUCUGUUUCACACUCUCUGACACCCAACAAGCUGGAGAGAGCCCCAAGGGCUGAUUUGCAGUCUACGGAUGGCAUUGAGUGUGCCUUGGAGAGGUGUGAGGUUGGAGUAGUAGGGGAAGAUUUAAAUCUGGAGUAUGAGAGUCUGUCUCUAGAUGUGUCUUCUGCAUGGCAGAGAGGGCUGGAGACUGAAAACAGUUCCCGGAGCUUUAGAAUUACAGGUGUUCAGAAUGUAGCAGUAUAUGAGGACAUCUUGCGUAGUCUGACAUACCGGACAGGAGUCCGAGCGUCUUUAUACGCGCGCAAAUUUCACGUGUCUUGCAGUGAGAUGAAUGGGAGAUAUGUGAGCAAUCAGCUCUAUACAGAGCUUGAUGUAUUACAUGGGAUUCAUGCAGUAUCACCCAGUCACCUCCUGUCUGGCCAGCAGUUUGUCCACAAUGUCCACCAGGCUCCGGUAGCGUUAUCCUCCCACACAUUGACCACUGCUAACCGCAACUCAGUGUUUCCCGGAGUUGCCAUGGUCAUUAUCGUUGUAUGUGUUGGGUUCUUGGCUCUGAUUGUCACAUUGGGCUUAUCACGGAUACACAGUGUACGGCAGAGGGAUGGCAUUGACGGUGUGGAGCUAGAGGCAUCCAACCAAAGGGACCCAUUCUGGGAGGACUCUGCAAUGACCAUAACUGUAAACCCUAUGGAGUCUGUGCAGUCUCGCAAUUUGGCCUCUGCCAAGAGAACCCCUGUCUCUGAACGAGAGAAUCUGGAUGAGGAGUCACGCUGAUGAAAAAAGAAAAAAAAAAGUCACUCACUCUGUCCAUCCAUGUAGAACUGGGCUUAUAUGUCUUGCGCACCAUACAACCGUCACUGGUGUGCUUGGCACAUUCUAGCACUCUUUUCUAUGGGCAGUGUGCCAUGUCCAGGAUCUCUGGGGCAAAGGCCACAUCCUCUAUCGCCCUGGAAUGUCUUUCACAUAAGUUCCCACCCACCCAUUACUCAGGGGAACAACACCUGUCUCAUCCAUUGUUUGUGUGUGUGUGUCUGUCUCUCACAUGUACUGUUACUACACUUCCCGAGAGACUGCAACACGCUCCCUCUUGUUCUGUCUUUUACUCAUUACUUGGAACCCUUACGCCAGAGACUAAAUUCUGCUCCAAAGCAGGCCAUGUGUUUCGACCCUCCUCAGUAGCUAAAAAUACUGUUCACCAAAAAAAAAAAAAAAAAAGAUUUUGAUGAAUUGUUAGACUGCUGAGUUACAGUGAUUUCUGUUCUCCUCACAUGUACUGUCUUUUCUGUUAGUCUCCCACUCAUCUCUCUCUCUCUCUCUCUCUUGUGUGUCUGCCUCAAUGGGGGAGGGGUAAUGUUGGAAGAAAGUCACGACAAUGAAUGAAAUAACUCACCGAUUUCUGGUAAAUCUAUAUAAAGAGAUAUAUAUAGAACG